AUGACGACCACCAAAGUUGUCAAAGUCUGUGAGGCUAUGGAGAGCCAUGGGCUGAACCCCCUGGACCAGCUUCCGCCACCCGCGAGUUCCAACAAGGCCUUAACCCCCUUCAGCAUCGCAGACAUCCUCAGCAAGCCGACUGUCAAACGAACUCCCAGGAUUUACCGGCUUCCAGCAUCAGAGAGACCCCGGAAGAGCAUCACUGUAUCACGGCAGACUCUCGUCAUUCAAACAUCGCCUCUGUGCGCUCUUCAGGAGCUGGCCAGCAAAACGUUCAAAGGUCUCGAAUCAGGUGUACUCCAAGCAGCAGAAGGAAGGGAUGGGUUGACUCUGUUUGGUCAAAGGGACAGUCCCAAAAAGCGCCGAAAAUCUAGGACGGCCUUCACUAAUCACCAGUUAUAUGAACUAGAGAAAAGGUUUCUCCAUCAAAAAUACUUGUCACCCGCUGACAGAGACCAAAUUUCCCAUCAGCUGGGGCUGACAAAUGCGCAGGUUAUAACCUGGUUUCAGAAUCGACGCGCGAAACUAAAGCGAGAUCUGGAGGAGAUGAAGGCGGACGUGGAGUCGGUCAGAUCCACAGGUGUAGUGCCUCUGGAUAAAAUCGCUAAACUGGCCGAUCUGGAGAGGUGUGCAGUUGGAGCCACGGGGCAUACAGGUCCUGAGUGCUCGCCACGGCUGGGUCACGAGUACAAGAGUGCGCACAAAUUAUGUCUGUCCCCCAUGUCGUCUCUCUCAGACCACACAAGUCAAGACUACUCCGGGGACGAAGAAGAGGAAAUAGACGUCGAUGUCUGAUCGAACCAUUGCAUAUUGAUUUAAACUUUUGUAAAUGUAUAUUCUAAGACACGCAUGCACAUAACCAUCUGCAUGAUUGUAGUGUUUUAUGAAAAUUAAUUAGUUUAAUUUAUAGCCAGACUAUGCAUGUCUAACUCUUAUUUGCUCAAUGUGAAAUAGCAGCUUAAGUUUUUAUAUAUAAUAUAUUGUAUGUAAUGUAAUGGCUUUAAAGAGUGUAAUAAGAGAAUAUAUUACACAAAUCAGGGCAACAAACAGAGCAAUACAACCUCUUAAUGAGAAAAAAACAACAACUAUUUUUACAUGUGUAUUUAUUGCAUUUAAUUUCUACACAAUCGACAGUGACUGCUUUUUGUAAAGUGUUUGUACAGUUUACUUGCAAUAUAGUGCCUUCCAAAAUUAGGCCAUUGUACCAAUACCCAAUGUGUUGUUUAAUGUAUUGAGUUUGAAAAUAAAAAAAUUUAUACCUUUUACAAAGAUGAUGGUAUACCGAGUCUGUACAUCAGUAACAA